GAUAAUCUCUUGUUCUUUCCUUUCUUAUCCAUCACUGCUUAUAGACAUGGCUUCCACCUAUAAUACAGCAAACAGGAACUCAGUGUCCUUCUCAAAAUAUGCUGCUAGCUCUGCUGGUGGUGGUUAUGGUGGCAAUGCUGGUGUUUGUUAUGAUGGGGAUUUUGGUGGGGCCUACAAUGCCAAUUUAGGUGGUGGCUUUAGUGGUGGACAAGGAGCUAGCUAUGGCUGUGGACAAGGUGUUGGCUUUGGUGGUGGCCAAGGAGUUGGCUUUGGUGGUGGACAAGGAGUUAGUUUUGGUGGUGGCCAAGGAGCUGGAUUUUGUGGUGUUUCAGGAUCAGGUUUUGGUGGAGGGGCAGGAUCUGGUUUUGGUGGUGGUGCAGGUGCUGGUUUUGGUGGAGGAUAUGGCUUUAGCCAAGGGGGAUUUGGAGAUGGAAAUAGCCUCCUUUCUGGCAAUGAAAAAUUGACCAUGCAAAACCUAAAUGACCGUCUGGCCAAUUACCUGGACAAGGUGCGUGCCCUGGAAGAAUCCAAUGCUGAAUUGGAGAAGAAGAUCCGGGAAUGGUAUGACAAGCAAAGUCCAGUUAGCAAAGCAGCUGACUACAGCCAAUAUUUCAAGACAAUUGAAGAUCUUAGAGCCAAGAUCCUUGCUGCCCAGAUUGACAACAAUAAAGUGAUCCUGGCUAUUGAUAACACAAGGCUGACCACAGAUGACUUUAAGCUUAAGUAUGAGAAUGAGCUGGUUCUCCGCCAGAGUGUGGAGGCUGAUAUCAACGGCCUACGCAGAGUCCUGGAUGAGCUGACUAUGGCUAAAUCUGAUCUGGAAUCUCAAAUUGAGAGCUUGACUGAAGAACUGGCUUAUCUCAAGAAGAACCACGAGGAGGAAAUGAAGGGAUUGCAAGGCCAGGUCAGCGGAAGCGUCAAUGUGGAAAUGAAUGCUGCUCCUGGAAUUGAUUUGACCAAGGUCCUUGCUGACAUGAGAGCCGACUACGAGAAGUUGUCAGCCAAAUACCAACAAGAGGCUGAAGAACGGUUCCAGGCCCAGGCCAAGGAACUCCAACAACAGAUGGUUACUGGCAGCCAGGAGGUCCAAACAUCCAAGUCAGAAAUCACAAACCUCAAACACACACUUCAGAGUCUGGAAAUAGAACUACAGUCACAGCUCAGCAUGAAAUCCGCUUUAGAGUCAUCUUUAGCUGAGACAGAAGGUCGUUACUGUGUACAGCUCUCUCAGAUCCAGGACCUCAUCCACAAGGUGGAGUGUGAGCUUGUAGAGCUCAGAAAUCAGCUUGAACAACAGAGUAACGAGUACAAAUUACUGUUGGAUAUCAAGACCCGUCUGGAGCAAGAGAUUUCCAAGUACCGAGAACUGAUCGACUCAAGUGACAGCAAGCUUCCUUCAGCAGGUGGUUCUUCCUCUACUACCACAUCUACCACCAAAGUCCGUUAAGCCAGUUCCUCCCUGAAACACUCACCUCUGAAUGUGAUGGUCCAACACAAACUGCUCAGCACUGGGUCAUUGCUGCUUCCUGAACCCUUAGAAUUCUCUUCAGUGACCCUUGAGAAGAAUCAAGGACACAAACUGUUGGUGUUUCUCUGGAAUUCUGGUUCUUAAUAAACCUUCUACCUUUUGCAAGUGAAA